CUCCCGAUUGCGUACAACUACUUGAAGAAGCGACAGCUGCACACGCUCGCCGCCGACGUCGCCGAGGGCACUGGCGCCGACAUCCCGGCCUUGUUCGGGCUUGCCAGCCUCCAGCGGAUAUGCGUGAUCUCUGUGCUCGAGGAGGGGGAUGGGGAUCUCAUCUUCCCUGGCGAGGCCCAGUGCAAGGUGCGGGGGGGCCAGGGGGCCGGGGUCCUCUGGCUGGAGACGAGCAUCAUCGGGCACCUCGCCAUCCCGUUCUCCGAGUUCCUUGGCGCGGAAUCUACCGCAUGCCAAGUUCCCGACGCGCCAGAGGCAUCGUGCUUCAGCAUUCUCAGCAAAGCCGACGAAGCCGGGGCCGGGCAGUAUCAGAUGACGGAGACGCGCAUCGUCAGGUUCACGCAGCUGGUGCACGCUAACUGGUCUACUGGCAUCCUGUUGCUUGACCUGGCCAGUCACAUCGACCCCCAUGCCGAUCGUGACCGCAAGGAGCUGGCCAACUUCAAGGAGGACUUGGUUGCGCAGGUGGAUGCUGCAGUGGGCCCGAGCUUGCGGGGCCCAAACAGCGUGGCCAGAGAAGACAAUUAUUCUGACAGCGGCCAGAGCUCCGUGAACCUUCGGGUCGCGUACCUCAUGACCGAGUCCGACCAGGUAGUGGAAGAUAUCGACAUGGACCAGGCGCGCAGCUUCGCGGCUGCCCGCUUUGUCGGCAGAG